CUUCAAUGGGGAGGUAAGCAUGUGCGGAGUCAUGUGAUACACCCUCCAAAAAUGUAAACACAACUGUUCUGCUUGGUUAAAUAAAUUUGAGGAAAAUGCUUUGUAGAUGAUGGUGUGCUGCAACCUCGGUACUUACCUUCUGAUACAUUUUAGCUGAAUACAUGGUGUUGAUAAGUUAAAUAGUCCAAGGAACAGUGGUCAACAUUAAGUUUACCAGACAACAUUACAGUGCUGACAUCUAUGAAACCAGACAAUAUGUCAACAGUGGUACCAUUUACCAUGACAACUGAUUACAUCACCAAUGCCACCACCAUACCAUAUCACAGUACUACAGCAGCUUGUGAACACAGUGAUAUUCCGUUCUACUGGGGAUUUAUAACUGCGGCUAUAGCUAUAUUUUUCUAUGGUACCAACUUUGCUCCUGUUAAAAAGUUUGACACAGGAGAUGGCAUGUUUUUCCAGUGGAUACUGUGUAUUGCUAUAUGGUGCAGUGGUCUAGUUGUACAGAUGAUCAGGAAAAGCCCAAAGUUUUAUCCUCUUGCAAUGCUGGGUGGCCUGUUGUGGGAAACAGGAAACAUUUGUGUUGUACCUAUUAUAAAGACAAUUGGUUUAGGACUGGGACUGUGUAUCUGGGGAAUGACAAAUCUUCUCAGUGGCUGGGCAACAGGAAGGUUUGGACUGUUUGGUUUACAUGCAGACCCUCCAGACAACAAGGUGCUCAAUGAUAUUGGUGUCAUACUCGCUGUCUCCAGUGCUGUGAUAUUUGCCAUGGUGAAAGGUGAAGUAAGUACAGCUGGUGUGGAUCAAACAAUCACUGUUGAAGUGUCAUCAGAAAACAGUCCGCUGUUACAGAAUACUGCUAGACACAACGGGCCUACAUAUUCCAGUGUCCAUACAGAAGACCAUGAUGUCAUUGUAUUCAAUAAUGACAAACCCAGGGUAAACAGUAUUAACCAGGAAAGCACAACUGAAAAUGAAGAAAAUGAUGAAACGUUUGUAGACAGACUCAGUCCUGUGACUAAACGGAUAGUAGGUAUUUUGCUAUCAGCUAUAUCUGGAAUAUUUUAUGGUCAGAUGUUUACACCAGCAAUAUAUGUGCAAGAUAAUUAUGUUGGAGCAAGUCAGGAAGCGCUUGAUUACGUGUUUGCAACAUUUACUGGUAUCCUAGCAACAAGCACAGUGUACUUCCUAAUAUAUGCAGCAUUCAAUGGCAACAAACCAAAAGUCUAUCCACGUGCAAUAUUACCUGGGUUUGUUUCCGGUUUGAUGUGGGGAAUUGCUACCUCGUCUUGGUUUGUAGCUAACAAAGUGUUAUCAGAGUCUGUCGCUUUCCCUAUUGUGACAACAGGACCUGGCGUUGUGGCUUCAAUACUUGGAGUUGUAGUAUUCAGAGAAAUUCAGGGCCGAAAGAAUAUUCUGAUUCUUCUGCUGGGCAUGACAGUAACAAUCACAGGAUCCGUUCUGGCAGGGUUAUCAAAGAAAGAAAAGCAGUGUUGACACAGAAAAGCAGAUAUGCAAUGUAUGGACAUGAAUCGGCUAGGCUUGAUAGAAGCAUAAACAUUUGUUUAAAGUAAUGUGCGGUGUACUCCAUCAAACAUAUAAAUCAUGUAUAGCGUCAGGGUGCAAAAAUUAUUAAAGAUAUGUUUAAACUGAAAAAGAAAUCAGUGUGUCACAGUUUGACUUGUACAUACACUGAACAAUGUUUUCACUAGGUUUUUUGUUAAUCCCCUGCCACAAGUGGUAAGGGGAUUAUAGGAAUGGUCUCCGUCUGUGUGUCGGUCUGUCCAUCUGUAACAUUUUGUGUCUGCUAUGUAUUUUCUAAACCCCUGAAGGAUUUUCAUGAAACUUGGGUCAAAUAAUCACCUCAUUAAGACCAUGUACAGAACUCAUGAGUCAGUCAUGUCAGCUCAAGGUCAAGGACACAACUCAAGGUCAAAGGUUUGAGCCUUCAAUUUUGUGUCUGCUCUGUAUCUCCUAAACCCUUUAAAGGAUUUUCAUGAAACUUGGGUCAAAUGAUCACCUUAACAAAGCAAUAUGCAGAAAUCAUGAGUCAGCCAUAUCGGCUCAAUGUCAAGGUCACAACUCAAGGUCAAAGGUUUGAGCCUUCCAUUUUGUGUCUGCUCUAUAUCUCCAAAACCCCUUAAAAGGAUCUCCAUAAAACUUAUCAAGACAAUGUGCAGAACUCAUGGGUCAGCCAUGUUGGCUCGAGGUUAAGGUCACAUAUCUCAAUGUCAAAGGUUCAAGCUCAGUAUCUCCUGAACCCCUUAAAGGAUUUUCAUGACUUUGGGUCAAAUGAUCACCUUAUCAAGACCAUGUGCAGAACUCAUGAGUCAGCCAUGUUCACUCAAGGUAAAGGUCACAGCUCACAGUAAAAAGUUUACGCCUUCCAUUUUGUGUCUGCCCGGUAUCUCCUAAAUCUCUUAAUACAUGUAUAAAUUCAAAUUACAAUGUAGUUGAUUUUGUCAUACAUGGACUACAAAAUAUACUUAACAACGUCAGUGCUUCCACCCAAUAGCUAGAUAGAUAGAUUUAUUCAGGUAUAAGAUCAUAUACACAAUUUAAAAAUACAAAUAUUGCAUGAAAUAAGAUAUGGUUUGUAAGAUAUUUAAAACUGAGCAAACAAUUUCUAAAUCUAACAUGUGACUUACGUUCACAUAAUAUUGCAUAACACAGAUAAAAAACACGAAUACAUGGUUUUUAUCAAAGUGAUAAAAAUUGACAAUGAUUUAAUAGUAAUGAAAUAUAUAUAUAUAAAAGUUAUUUCAAAUUUAAUUAUGUUUCAUAAAUUUUCUCUGCUGAUCUUAUACCAAGGAUAACCCAUAAAGUAGCUUGAAAAGCUUUUAUUUCCAAUGCGGUCCUCAAUACCAUCAACCUUUGAUCUAUCCAUAGCAAUGGCGGGGGAUAUACAUGUAGCUGUCUUUCAGACUGCCUUGUUUUAAGGAAAUUGAUUGUUGUAAUAUUCUCUAUUUAUUUCUUAAAAACAGAAAUUUUAUUUUUAUUUUAUUAUACUACAUUGUCUGCUUAAAAUACUCAUAAUCAUGCCUUUUUUAUUAUUUUUUAUUUUAGGCAUUGAUGCAAAGUAUAUCUUGUAUGUGAACACAGUAUACUAGUGGAGUGUAACAGAUGCAGUUUAUGAAUUAUCAUGUUGAUUUUUGUCUGUUUGUUUUUAAGUAUUUUAGAUUGUUUAUAUACAGGUGAUGCAGGUCAAUUUGUAUUUAGGUUGUGAAAGUAAUAUAUUUGGGUGUCACUUAAUAAAUAGUUUUAUUUUUGUGCAAGUCUGAAAAUUGUCUUUUAUACCAGUUUUACUUAGGGCAGUGAUUGUUAAGAAUGCAAGUCCAUUAUAAUUGGAAAUAAAGUCAUACAUAUAUAUGCCUGAAGGCUUGGAUGAAUAUUUUUACACAUAGGUAUGCGUUGAUGUUUAGUGCCAUAUUUAUACCAUGUAGAUGUAUUUUGUUUUAAGUCUGUAUACAUUUUCGAUUACUGAUGUAUACAGCAUAACUUUGUUCUGUAUGUCUUACAGUAUAUAAAAUGUAAACUCAUUUUGUUUGUUUUUGAAAGACGAAUAAGCUGAUUUCUUAUUAAUCAUAUUUUGUUUUAAAAUGAUGGUAAAGUUUUUAUGCCCCUUUUGAGCAUGGUUGGGCAUAUUAAAAUCACUCUGUCCAUUUGUCAGUGUGUCCGUGUAAAUUGUUGUCCAUUUCAUAACUCUGGCAUCCAUAAAGGGAUUUAUAAAUAACUUGGCAUAAAUGUCCGCAAUAAUGAGAUGACUUGUCAUGCACAAGACCAAAACCCCUAGCUCUAAGGGUCACACUUAGAAAUCAAAGGUUAAAACAGAGUCUGUUUCGUGUCUGGUCCAAAACUCUGGUCGUCCAUAAAGGGAUUUUGAAAUAACUUGGCAUAAAUGUUCAACAUAAUGAGAUGGCAAUUUAUGCUCAUCCCCCAGAUCCCUAACUCCAAAGUCAAGGUCACACUUAGAGGUCAAAGGUUAACAGGCUUAGUUUCGUGCCUGGUCCAUAACUCAAUCCAUGAAGGGAUUUUGAAAUAACUUGAUAUUAAUGUUUCCUUUAAUGAGAUGUGUGCAGGACCAAGACCAAUAGCUCCAAGGUCAAGGUCAGACUUCCAUUUUGUGUCUGCUCUAUAUCUCCUAAACCCCUUGAAGGAUUCAUUUGAAAUUUAGGUCAAAUGAUCACCUCAUCAAGGCGAUAUGCAUAACUCAUGAGUCAGCCAUGCUGGCUCAAGAUCAAGGUCACAACUCAAGGUCAAAGGUCUGAGACUUCCAUUUUGUGUCCACUCUGUAUCUCUUAAACCCCUUGAAGGAAUUUUAUAAAACUUAGGUCAAAUGAUCACCUCAUCAAAACGAUGUGCAGAAGUUAUGAGUCAGCCAUGCCGGCUCAAGGUCAUAACUAAGGGUCAAAGGCUUGAGCCUUCCAUUUUGUGUCCACUCUGUAUCUCCUAAACGCCUUGAAGGAUUUUCAUCAAACUAAGGUCAAAUGAUCACCUUAUCAAGAACUCGAGAGUCAGCCAUGUCAACUCGAGGUCAGGGUCACAACUCAAGGUCAAAGGUUUGAGCUCUGUAUCUCCUUAACCCCUUGAAGGAUUUUUAUGAAACUUAGGUCAAAUGAUCACCUCAUCAAGACGUUGUGCAGAAUUCAUGAGUCAGCCAUGUCAGUUCAAGGUCAAGGUCACACUAAAGGUCAAAGGUUUACUCUUUCACUAUCCAUAGCACUGGCGGGGGAUUUAUCUGUCUAUCAGACUGCCUUGUUAAUUUUAUUUCUGCAGUAUCUUUUUGACACAAACUAAAAUAACAUCUCUAUUUAGGAACAGUAUAUGAUAUUUUUACCUCAACAGUAUAAUAGUUUUAGCUUUUUACUUUAGCAUAAUGACUACUUGCAUUGUUUAUUAAAAAUUGAAAUGGCAUACAAAAUGUCUGCAACUCACCUUGGAAAAUACUCUGUCAGUAUCGUUUUUUGGCAAUAGAAGUAAUCAAGAUUUUUUUUAAAGUUCCCAUUACCAACUGAGCAGUUAUGUAGAUUGAUGUAUUGAAACUUAUUAAUCCCCCGCCAUGAGUGGUGGGGGGCUAUAAAAAUGGUCUCUGUCCUUCUGUCCGUAGCACUUCCAUGUCCCCUCCAUAUCUCCUAAACCCCUUGAAGGAUUUUCAUGAAACUUGGGCCAAAUGAUCACCUCAUCAAGACAAUGUGCAGAACUCAUGAGUCAUCUAUGUCGGCUCAAGGUCAAGGUCACAACUCGAGGUCAAAUGUUUGAGCCUUCCAUUUUGUGUCCGCUCUUUAUCUCCUUAACCCCAUGAACGAAUUUUAUAAAACUUUGGUCAAAUGAUCAUCUCAUCAAGAUGAUGUGCAGAACUCAUGAGUCAGCCAUACUGACUCAAGGUAAAGGUCACAACUUAGGGUCAAAGGUUUGAGCCUUCAGUUUUGUGUCUGCUCUGUAUCUCCUUAACCCCUUGAAGGAUUUUCAUGAAACUUAGGUCAAAUGAUCACCUAAUCAAGACGAUUUGCAGAACUUAUGAGUCAGCCAUGUUGACUCAAGGUCAAGGUCACAACUCGGGGUCAAAGGUUUGAAUCUUCGAUUUUGUGUCCGCUCUGUAUCUCCCAAUCCCCCUGAAGGAUUCAUAUGAAACCUGGGUCAAGUGAUCACCUCAUCAAGACGACUAGCAGAACUCAAGAGUCAGCCAUGCAGGCUUAAGAUCAAGGUCACACCUUAGGUUCUAAGGUUUGAGCCUUCAAUUUUUGUGUCCACUCUGUAUCUCAUGAUCAACUCAUCAAGAACUCAUGAGUCAGCCAUGUCAACUCAAGGUCAAGGUCACAACUCAAAGUCAAAGGUUUGAGCUCUGUUUCUUCUAAACCCCUUAAAGGAUUUUAAUGAAACUUGGGUCAAAUAAUCACCUCAUCAAGACGAUGUGCAUAUUGUAUGAGUCAGCAAUGUCAGUUCAAGGUCAAGGUCACAGCUAAGGGUCAAAGGUUUACCCUUUCACCAUCCAUAACAGUGGCGGGGGAUUUAGCUGUCUUUCAGACUGUCUUGUUAAACUUGUUAUUAAUAAAGCUAAUCACAAGAAGAAGAGACAGCAAUGCUUUGAAAUGUGUAUUAAAACAAUUACGUUACAGCAGUACAUCACAUCGCAGCUGCAUAAUGUAUUUAUUUGAACUAGCGGCAGGGUCAUUAAGCUUUGGAGGAUUAAAUCGACUCUCACUGUGGUGAUGUAUGAAAGUCUCAGGUUCAUAUUUGCUGUUUUUUCUGCCUGAAAAGUUUUGGGCCUUUGUUUUUACUUCAGUAAUAAAGUUAUGAAAAAUA